UACAGGGGGAGGCAAAGUGAGAAAUUUCAACAGAAGGAAAACAUUUAACUGACAAAAUGAGCUUCAUAUUCUUGCGCAGUCAAAUGUGACUUGGAGAGUCAAAGCCUGGAAUAUGUAUCAACUUCAUCACUUUGAGUCACUUCGGCAUAUUUUUAAUUGUCUUCUGCUGAUGAUGAUCCAAAAGGAUAUAUUUUGUUGUCCAUCAGUUUGCCAGCAGUGUAUACGCAGACAAGUUGACUGUCGUAAUUCAAGUCUUUCUUUUAUUCCAAACAAUUUUUCACAGAAUACUUUAUUUCUGUACUUAAGUGGCAACAAUAUAUCCCACAUAAAUCCUAAUGCACUGAUAGGCCUCCAGCAGCUUGUUGUGCUACACUUGGACAAUUCUGGCAUUGUAUAUGUAUAUCCAAAUAUAUUUGCUGAAUUGAAAAAAUUAUGGUAUCUACAGCUGAAUAAUAAUCAUAUAAAAUAUUUAUAUCCUGGAACAUUUGAAGGACUUUCAAAUCUUCAUUCUUUAUAUCUUCAGAAUAAUGAAAUUGACUUUGUUUCUGAAGGAUUAUUUGGUAACCUCACUUCUGUUCAUUAUCUAAUGCUGCAAAAUAAUCACCUCAGGAUCCUUGGUAGCCGCAUUUUCUUCGGCAUGAUUAAUCUUCGAAUUCUGAACCUAGCAAACAAUAAGAUUUCACAAAUAUCAGACAGAGCAUUCCAGCACCUUGAUAAUCUUACAGGCUUGCACCUUGAAGGAAAUAAUUUAACAUGUGUGCCAUCCACAGCGUUUCUAGUACUGAGGAAACUUCAAAAACUUUCAUUGUCACAAAACCCUGUUGGGUCAAUUCCUCCUUUUGCAUUUAAAGGACUUAGCAAGCUUGAAUAUUUAUUUUUAAAAAGUGCAAAAAUAAACACUGUUAACGCAAAUGGAUUUUCAGGGCUACUCAAUCUUAAAAAGCUAGUUUUGAGCGAUAAUAAUUUAGUAAAUAUCAAUUCCCAUACUUUCUCAUUGUUGGGUCAUUUACAGUUUUUGUAUCUUGACAGAAACAAAAUAAUUGAUAUUUCAGAUAAUACUUUUGAAGCCAUAGGAUUGUCUUUGAAAAUACUUGAUCUGUCUUUCAAUAAUCUUACAUUUUUGCAGCCUAUAGUGCUCAAGCCUUUGGUUUCUUUAACUCACUUACAGGCAAAUUACAAUCCUUGGAAUUGUAGCUGCAAAUUACACAGAUUGAUGAAUUGGCUAGCUGCUGCUUCUUUCUCUGUGAAACUCCUUUGUCAAAGUCCUUCCAGUCUGCAUGGAAGAUAUAUAAAUUAUGCUAGCUUGCAUUUGUUCAAAAAUUGUUUCAAUAGUACAAACCUUGACAUUUUCAAGAACAGUAAAUCUUCAGGAAUCCAGCAGAGCUUUACUACUUCAUUAAUGGCACAGAAUAUGUAUCUCACAAGGAAUACAGUUAAAGAACAGUUGAAGUUUAAUGCAAAUGCAGUUACAUCACUGGUAAAAGCAUCUUAUACAUCUGCUUAUCAAAAUCUCAAUGAAGAAAAUUCUAGUAGGAAGUCAAAACAAGAACAAAUAGCAACGCAAACGAUACCUGCUAAUUUGACCAUGAAAGAAAAUAAAGUACUAUCUCCGGAAGCUGUUUCUGUAUCAUUUAAAACAUCACUAAUUUGUUCACAGCAGGUAGAGAAACUAAAGCAGGCUUUUGACAUUUUAUUAAGCUUUUUCAUUUUGGCCUGUGCUAUGAUCUUCUUUUUGUUCUACAAAAUCAUUAAAUUGAAACAGAAGCACAAUGUGCAAAAGAACUCUGACAAUGCAAUAGAAUACUAUGGCUUUUAUCAGGCUGGUAGUUACAAUGUUACUGUACCUCAGAACCCACUGGGAAGUUCUGAAUUGGAUCCUGUUGAUCUUUCUAAAUCAACGGCCCUUGAAAACCAAGCACAGGUUAUCUUAUUUGAACAUUCAGCACUGUAAUACAUCCAUCACACUUUUUCUUUUCAUGUGUAUAGAAGGCAACACCAGAUGACUUGUAAAUACAAGUUUAACUGAUGUUAGGCUGGGAGGUUGAAAUACAGCUAAUAUUUUUUCAACCUUUACAUUUUGUUCUGAUUUUAAUAUCUGCAUUUUAUUGAUUGUAACUAUAUUUUAUCUAUAAUUACUAAAUUUUAAUUGAUCUGUCUAACAAUUACAAAUCAUUAAUGUGAUUUUAUGUUUAAUAUUCUGCAUAAAUUUGAUGUUAGAUGUUAUAUUAAAAAGAACAGGUUUUUUAAACUGUUCAUUACUAUUGAUAACUUCCUAGAAAUAAUUUCUAAUUAUUUCAUGUUACCAGCUAUUUUGGACACAAUCAUAAAUUUCUGCAAUGUUUAUUAAGAUUGCAUUUAUUAUGAAAUUAUUGUGUAAAAAUUACAUUAUCUGGAAUAAUUAAAAAGAGUAUUUACAAGAAAAUUAAUUGAUUCUGGUUUCAAUCUUCAUUUCCCUCUGAUAAAAGUUACAAUGGAAGCAUUAUGCAUAUUGGAGGUUUUUGUUUGGUUUUUUAAAUAGCCCAUAGCACUUCUGCUACAGGAGGCAGCAGCAGAUUUUAUCAACUUCCUCCCAUAUAAUUUUUGUUGUUCUUUGAAAAAUUUGGUGGAGGCCAAAUUAUAUAGGGUAUGUGGGCUCAUUGGUGCUCUCUGAGCUGGGUUGUUUUCUUGCAGACAUUUUAUUACUCUGCUAAGUAACAACUUCAAUGAUAAAAGGGAGGUUUGCUAUUUGUUUGCAUACAAGUGACUUGCCCUAUCAGUGUGGUGUAGGAAUGUACAAUAGUGCAUGGUAUCAGAACUGUUGAAAGCAGGACAAAUAAGAGAAAAGAGAUUUAGUUUGAAUUUCAGUUUCUUUCAAAGCAUAUGCUUCUUCGACUCAAAGAAGGAAAAAAUCUAAAUGCGGUACAUGGGGUAAUUAUCAUGUUCCAGGAACUCUACUAACAUCUUUUUUUUAAAAAAAAGCAAUGUGUAUACAUCUACUAAUGAUGCAAAGCGAGCAUCGUCUUUAUAUACUAGAGUAUCUUAUCACCCUAUAUAGUUCUAGUUAUGAAUUUUUAGAAAAUAAAAAUGAUUCAUGUUGCAUUUCAUUGAUUUAAAAGUGUUCUCCUAUUAUUCCAAGAACAAAUUAGAAAGGGUAAGGAACAUCCAGGAGUCAUAGAGAGAUGUUGAAUAACUUCCUAAUUCUGGUAAAUGUCUGUUGCUGCAUUACACUGAUUUGAAUUUUAAUAUUCCUGAGUAUUCUCAAGUUCUACUGUCAAAAUGGAAUAUAUAUAUUUGAGGUUUGGUAAGUCCUUAGCUUUAUGGAUUACAUAGGAAAGAGUUGAGCAGGAACCCAUCUCACUGGUUAAACAAAAAACAUGUUGUUAAACA